AUGUUCGACGGAAGCUUCAAGUCGUCUCGCAAAGUGAGCCUCAGCGGCCGCAAGAAGCCCACAACGGGCUACAGCGCACGUCUGGCGUCGAUAUCAAAUUCUAGAGGAGGUCGCGACGACGUAUUGGCCGGCUCCAAGCAAGAGCUCAUGCUGCAGAACCGUCUGGCUCGAGAAGAACGUCAAGCCCUGAAGAAGCGCACGGCCGCCAGUACCCGCAUCCAGGCGCAGUACCGUCGUCUACGAGCCGCGGAACACGCAAGAUCCGAGGUCUUCAUCCACCUGGAGCAGCAGCUUACGCAGACGGUGCUGAGUGUCGAUAUCCAGAACAAGGCGCUGCCUACUCCGCAGCUUCAGCUCUUCCUAAGGCAGUUCCUCUUCACUGUGAAGAGUAACAUAGCAGCCAACAGGAUACGUAAAGUGCAGGACUACUUGGUGUUUAUGCUGCUUGUGAGCUGUUUAAAGGGGGAGAGCGGGUCCAGUUUCCUCGCAGUGGACAAGGAUGCGCGCUGGGUGUAUCAAGUCACGAGGAUAAGCGAGCUCGCUCUGCAGACGCUUGUACAGGAGCAGUUAAAGACCUCGGUGGCGAACGCAGCAGUGGCAGUGAACCCAUACUUGCUGCUAUUGGACACGUUGACGAGUGUCUCGAAGUAUCCGACGCCUGAAGCGCAGACGGCGUUGUCCAGUGUCUCGUAUCAUUUAGGCGUGACCACUAGAUACGGGGUCUUUGACGCAAUGAGCGCGUGUAUUACACAGCAGACGAAGGAAAGUGUCUUGCGUGUGGAGAAUAACAGGCUAGUUCAAGUAUCACGACAGUUUGCGACCAAGAUCUUACUCUGUGCGUCUGCUGCGAGCUCUCCAAUAACGACUUACGUCACGUCUACCGUUGCUCCAAGUAGCAAACAGCUGGGGCUCUUCUGGGCGUCCCAGCGUGCAAUUGUCGUCGGAAAUGUCGUAGAACUGACGUCCGUGUGCGCAUUCAACGCAGCUCUUGUCGAAGUUGUCCCGUUUGUAUUGUCAAACUUGGUGACACCGUCACUGGUGCAAUGGGCGUUCGAUGUGAAGCACAGCCGCCAAGAUCCCAUGGCUCCUGAAGAAGAUUACGACAUGGAUGAAGAGGCCGACGUUCCUAUCGUGCCGCCAACAUAUCUGAUUACCGGCUUUGCUGUAUCUGACGAAGAAGCACGACGUGGCGCUCAAGCGCUCAGCGACGCUGAGGCCAGCGUACAUGCUCAGUGGCAAAAGAUCUGUCAUUCCAACUUUAGUGUGCGAUGUCUGGACGCACUGCUGCACGCCGACGUGCCUUUGCACAGCGAGGAGAACGCUGUGUCCAGGUUCUGCCAUCUCCUGACGACAGUGCUGCUCUCUACUGGAAGGCCGUACGUGCUGAGUGUUGCUGCGCGGUUUGCCAACCCGCCUCCAGCGUUGUUUGCGCUGUUAAGUUCGAUGACUGUCGAGCAGCUCGCUGGCACGUCCAACACCAGCGUGGUCUACAACAUGUGGCAGUGGAUUAGACCGAGACUGGAGAGCGUCGCCGCUCCGCAGUUAUCAGGCUCUCUGACCAAUGACUCGCUAGUAUUUACGACGUCGCAAAUGCAAGUGCUGAUAGUGUUCAAUGUCGUCUACAGCCACAUGCUGCUGGGUCUGGACGACGAGGCCUUCUACGAUGGCCAGUGGCCUUUGCGCUUAACCGAAGUGACAGCUGUCGUGACGUUUCUCAAGCAGUUUAUCUACGACACGUGCUGGACCGUAACCAGUAGCAGCACGCUGGCAGUCGACGGCAUGGAUGAACAGGAGCUGGUGUUGUUCUCGGCGGUUGUGUCGUCCAUCAAGCUGUUCAACCAGCUGUACGACCGUGACUGUCGACGCCGCUUCAUGCCUGAUGACGCGUGGCUGUGGCCGUCGAUGCCUGUUGUCAAGGAGAUUGUGGACCUCGAGUUGAUGAAGGAAGACGGCAAUCACGAUGCUCACGCUGUCUACAUGCUCAUGAAUGGCAAGGCGUCGUCCCCCUACGCACGUGCAGCUCUGAUCCUCAUCACGAUCCCGCAGGUUUUGUCGUUCAACGAUCGUGUGCAGCUCUUCCAAAAGCUGCUGGAAGACGGGAAGGAACAACUGGGUCAUAUCCGCGACGAGUUCUCGCGAGCGUUCCAGGUGCGCGUGAAGCGCGACGAGAUCGUGGACGACAGCUUCGAUUUCUUCCAGGAAGUGUGUGACACGAUGUCUCCCGCGGCGCUUAAGUCGCGUGUUAAGGUCACGUUUGUUAACGAACAAGGACUAGAAGAGGCGGGGAUCGACGGCGGCGGCGUGUUCAAGGAGUUUAUGGACAGUCUGACCAAGAGCGCAUUUUCGCCGGAGUACGGCUUCUUUCUGGAGACAGAGGAGCACUUGCUGUACCCGAAUCCAGGCGCGAGGUACAUUGUCGACACACGUAAGGAGGUUCUUGAUCGGUAUCGCUUCCUCGGUCGUUUUGCUGCGUUCUUCCUGAACAAACUUCUGGGCAAGUUCAACUACAUCGACGACCUGCACUCGCUAGAUCCGGAGCUGUACAAGUCUCUGAUGCGACUUAAACACUACGACGGCAACGUGGAGGACCUCGCACUGACGUUCAGUGUGAGUGAGAUGGAGUUUGGCCAAGUGGUGACGCGCAAUCUCGUCCCGGACGGCUCCAACGUGCCCGUGACGACCGACAACCGGAUUCGGUAUAUCCACUUGAUGGCCAACUACAAGCUGAACGUCUUGUCGUCCACUGAGAGCGCGGCGUUCCUCAAGGGCUUCCGCGACUUGAUCCCAGGGACUUGGAUCCAGAUGUUUGCUCCGGCCGAGCUGCAGAUGCUCAUCGGCGGCUCAGCUACCAACAUCAACAUCGACGACUGGGAGCGGCACACAGUGUACGGAGGUGGUUAUCAUCCGUCUCAACGCGUUGUCCAAUGGUUCUGGGACAUCGUACGGCAGGAUUUCACUCCAGAAGACCGCGCUGCAUUGCUCAAGUUCAUCACGAGCUGCUCUCGGCAACCGUUGCUGGGCUUUUCGAAGCUCCAGCCACAGAUUUGUAUCCAUCAGGUGCGUGUGGAAGACGACGACCGGUUGCCGUCCAGUGCCACGUGCAUGAACCUACUGAAGCUGCCAGCGUACUCCAAUAGAGAAGCCAUGCGCAACAAGCUGCUGUACGCCAUUAGAGCCAACGCAGGCUUCGACUUGUCCUAA